AUGAUUUUAGUAACUGAAAAAAGUAGGGAUUUAUGUAAAUGGUGCAUAUUGUUGUGUCACGGACUGAUUUCUUUAAGUUUGAAUUAUCUUCCACCGAACGAUCUCAAAAAAUACCUUCAUCGUAUUGAACAUUAUAAUAUUAGUGGUGUCGUUGGUAAUGGUGGCGAUAGUGGCAAUGUAGAAGAAGUAACUGACUUUGACGAAAAGAAGGCAUUUAAAAAUGAAGAAAAAACAAAUUCUUCAAACGAUGAUGAAAAGAAAGCUCUUAUUCCUUCAGAAAAACUGCUCGAAAAAACAUCUGCAACCUUAAAUAUUCCUCCCCCAAUUUCACUCAUUGGACAAGUUUUAUUAAAAAGAUGUGAAAAGCAAUCAUUGGAUUUAAAAAAUAGAUAUCGUCCAGCGAUUUCUUCCUCACUCAACCCAAAUAGAAAACCAUCACCACCAAAUAAUAAAAAUAAUACAGGGGACGACGACCUUGCUAAAAAUUAUCCAAGUAAACGUUAUUCAACCCUUGCUAAUUCAAGACCUAAACCUAUUUACAGAUUUUUUAAUCAAAAAUCAAAUAUUCUUGAAAAAGCAUCAACUGAUCCAGAUGAAUAUCAUCAUUACACAUCGAGUAGAAGAUCAUCAAAGAAUAGAAAUCAUCAAGAUGAUGUUAGUAUUACAGGUAAUAAAAUUAUUAAUGUUGGCGAUGAUAAAAAUAUCAGAUUGGAUUGUGAAAGACCAACAUUUCGUCAACAACCACGUACAUCACAUACAAAUAUUACUCCUGCUGUAACUUUACAAGUAUCUAGAAAAUGUUUGAAAAUUAUGUAG